AUGGAGAACUUGAACCUUUCGUCAUGGUUCGACACUCAGAGUAACCUACUAUCGGAAAUGAACAGUGACCCAUAUGCUAACAACGACAAUAAGAACUACGAUUUUGAUUUUGCUGAGCCUUCACAUGAGACUAAUCCUACUGCUGGUUUGGGGGAUUUUUUCAUUGAUAAUGUUCAGACUUCUGGGAAAACUAAUAAUUAUAACAACAACAAUAAUGAUGUGAUCAAUCCUGGUGAUACAUUGAAUUGGGACACUUUAUUUUCUGAUACCAAUGCCCUCCCUAACGAUCUAUUAUGGAAUGAAAAUAAUAUGAUCGAUUUAGAUAAACAACAAUUCAACAAUGAUCAAAUGUCUAAUUCAAAUAAACAAUUAAAAUUGGAAGAAGCGUUACGUAAACAAGAGGAAUUAAACCAUAAAUUAGAAGCACAACUAGCGAGAAGUCAAAUGGAAAACCAAAUAUUAUCCUCCAAGCAAUCUAACACUAAACAAAAAGUCUCCCAACCCCUAAGAGCAAUGCUAGGAGAUAUCACAUCCUCUUCAAGAUUAAACAGCACACCAUCAAGAAAAUUGAAAGCUUCAACAAAACAGAGAGGGGGUAGUAAUAUGAAGAAUAGUGAGAAUUUUAAUAUACUCGGUAAAAGUAUAAAGCCCACUUUCCAACAACCAAUUUUCUUAGAAAACACAUCCUCUUCAACAACCUCUAUGAAUGGUUCACCAAGAAGAAGACAUAAUAGAUCUAGGAGCUCAGUUGCUAGAGACAGAGAACAUAAUAUGAGAGUUAAUUUCUCAACGACUCUUGCUCAACAAAACUCAAUUUCCAAUAAUGAGUUAAAGUUUGAAAGUCCAUCAAAAUCUGUUGUAAGCCCAGAGUCACCUUAUAGAGCAGAUUCUCUUUCAAAUAAAGAUUUACAAUCCCCUGUUAUUGGCCUCGGAAUUAGAAUAAACGAUUCAAGAAGAGGGUCUAUGGCUGCUCCUGAAAACUUUAAAUUUAGAGAUUCUUCCAAUGAAACAAGUAAAUCUCCAUCAACCUCCCCGAUUAGACCAAUCGCCAAGUUUUCUAUAGGAGAAACUCCCAAUAGGAGAAGAAAAAGUGUCGCUGAUGUCUUAUUAUUCAAUGACAAUAAUAUGUCCUCAACUCCAAACUUAGGCCCACCUCAAUUAAAAUCCUCACCAUUGAUGUCUAUCGCAGAUUCACCUAUUAUUGAUCAUCCUGAUAGUAGAUUCACCUUAUCACAGAGGACAUCCCCAGAAUUAAAACCUCAUGGAGAUGACCUUGAAUUUCAAUCGCCAGGUUUUGGAAUGACACCAAGUAGCACUGAUAUUAAUUCUUCUAUGAUGCCAAGUCCUCAGAAAAUCACAAGGAAAUUAACGACAUUACCUCGUGGGUCUAUUGAUAUAUAUGUUAAAGAAUUACUUGACAAGAAAUUUGAAUGCAUGUACCCUGAUUGUGGCAAGACCUUUAAGAGACGUUAUAACAUCAGAUCACACAUUCAAACUCAUCUAGAGGAUAGACCAUAUGUUUGUGAUUUUGAUGGUUGUGACAAGGCCUUUGUUAGAAAUCACGAUCUUGUAAGGCAUAAGAAAUCUCAUAUGGAGAAAAGAUACGCUUGUCCUUGUGGGAAAAAAUUCAAUAGGGAGGAUGCCUUGAUUGUUCAUCGUAGUCGUUUAAUCUGCAUUGGUGGUAAAAAAUUUGAAAAUGUUGUCAUAAAAAGAUCUCCUAGAAAGAGAGGUAGGCCAAGAAAGGAUGCACCACCAAUCGAAAGUAUGAGUCCCACAAAAAAACCAGUUUGUGAGAAACAUAUAACUAAGAAUUCUAUACCGAAUGAACUCUUAAAUCAACCUAACCUAACGCCUAUUGGAACAUUUGACAUUGAAGAUGCUGUGACAAAUGAUAGUUUUCUAAAUGAGCUCGAAAACGAACUGCGAUUAACCUUGGAAAAUGAAGGACAAUUAUCAUAG